AUGGCUGUCGACUUGACAUCUUCAUGGCGCCAUGGAAAACCUAGUGAGGACUGUGGAUCAGAGUCUCCACAGCUUAUGUCUUCCCAAGAAGCUGAUCUUGGAGAGAAAGACUAUGACCCUGAGACCUGGCAUGUGAACUUCAGAGCAUUUACCAGCUCGGAGGGGGCCGACCCCAUCGGGGAUCUGAAGAGGCUUUCUGAGCUCUGCCGUCUCUGGCUAAGGCCUGACCUUCACACCAAGGAGCAGAUUCUGGACAAGCUGGUGCUGGAGCAGUUCAUGAUCUCCAUGCCACUGGAUCUCCAGGUCUUAGUCAAGGAAAGUGGAGUGAAGAAUUGCAAAGACCUGGAGGAGAUGCUGCGAAAUAACAGGAGACCCGUGACAUGGUCCGUAGUCUGCUUACAAGGACAGGAAUUUCUUCUGCCAAAUCCAGAUGUUCAGAUGGCCGGAUCUGAGGCCAGCGACAUGGAUGAUGGGCAGAAACUUCUGCCAGAGGCCAUUUCUGCAAAUGGUGAGCUGGAGUGUCCGAGACCCGAACAGAACUUGGAGGAGAACCUGAUGGAAGACAGGGAAGGGUCAACAGCAUGUGACGCCCAGGGGUCUCAGCUUCUGAAGGGUUCUGGAGAUUCUGUGGGAGCCAAUGAUGGAAAGAAUCCCAAAGAAGACACUUCUAUUAAAAAUGUGGAUGCUGACACACCACCCACUCUUAUUUUGGAGAGAGAAGUUUCUACUCCAGGUGGGAACAGGGAAGAUUCUCAGAAGAAUCUGAGACGUUCCAAAAGAAGAAAAUCAGGCAACUCCUCAAAUUCCCAAGGAAGACCUCAUGAAGGAGCUACUCAUUUGGACAAAAGAGAAUUCCUGGCACAAGUUGGGUUACACCAAAUUGAUUCACCAAGGACCAUGGGACCAACUCACCAUGAUUCACCAAGUGCAACUGGACCAGUUGACCACGAUUCAUCAAGUACCGUGGGAUCAAUUGACCAUACUGUUGGUCAAGGGCAAGAUUCCACAGGACUUUCACUCUAUCAAUGUGGAUUUUGCGAGAAAAGAUUUCAUUAUAAAUCUCAGUUCGACAUCCACCAGAGGACACACACAGGAGAGAGGCCGUUUAAGUGCAGCUUCUGUGGGAAAGGCUUCAUGCAGCCCUCAGAUGUCCGCGUUCACCAACGAAUCCACACAGGGGAGAAGCCAUUCAAAUGUGAGCUCUGUCACAGAGAGUUCACCCACGAGUCCACCCUACAUGGCCACAAAAGGACCCACACUAAUGAGAAACCAUUCCACUGCACAGAGUGUGGGAAACACUUCAGCCACAAGGGGAACCUCAAUGUUCACCGUCGAAUCCAUUCCGGAACGAAACCUUACAGCUGUCCCAAGUGUGGGCACACCUUCCGUCAGCUGGGAACUUUCAAACGCCAUGAAAAAACACAUUCCAAAAUGGCAUCUCAAUGAUUCUGUAUUAGAGCCCUGGUUCUGUUGUUAACCAAAAAGUUGACGGUUCAAACUCACCCAGUGGCUCCAAGGAAGAAAGACCUGACAACCUGCUUCCAUUAAGAUUACAGCCUGGAAAACCCUAUAAGACAGUUCUACUCUGUCACAUGGGGUUGCUGUGACUUACAAUUGACUUAACAGCACCCAACAACAGCAAUGAUUCUGUAAUCACGCCCAAG